AUGUCGGGGACCGAAGUAUCCAUGCAUACUGGCCCAUGCGAGCUGCCUUUUCCUACACAACCAGUCGAUCGUGGUGUAUGGGAGAAAGCCUGGCUCCGGUUAGGACAACGCCAAGGACUCAAUGAUGAAUUCGUCCGGGCCGGAUCCAUGGAAGACGGGCCGGGUGGGUUCCUCCGCACGGAGCACAAUUCUCCAACACUGGGAGCCCACCUAUCCCUACCCCGGAUUGAUCCACAAUUCCCGAGCAGGCGGAUCCAACCGCCUCCCUCCUUAGUACCACCCGGAGUCGCACUCUUCAACCAUCAAUAA